CCUUGUCAAUAGUCGUAAAUGGAUAAGACACUUACAUAAACGAUUGCAAUAAAAAGCAGCUUUACUUCGUUAGUUAGCGAAACGGUUUAGUUCAUAAGCAACGUUAUUAAAUUUUGAAGGAAUCAAAAUGAUCAUAAAGCUUCUAUUCAGUGGUAUAAUAGUGGCAUUGAAUGUCGCCGAAUCUUUGUCAGAUUGUGUUCAAUCUGAUGAACCAGCUCUCAAAGCCGUUUCUACGGCUGCUAAUAAAUUUUCUAAUAAUUUUUACAAAGCUGUAGCAGAUAGUGAAUCGGGUAAUUUUAUUUGUUCACCGGUUAGUGUAGAUAUCGUACUAUCUAUGACCAAUUUUGGCGCCCGUGGUAAUACUCAAAAACAAUUAGAGUCAUCUUUAAGUUUACCCUGUGACCAGACUGUUGCCAAACAGGGAUUUCAACAACUUAUUAAUUCAUUUAAUAAUGUAAAAGGGGCUGAACUGGAGCUAGCGAAUAAAGUUUUUACUGCGAGCAACUCUAAAUUACAAUCUGAUUUUCAAGAAAUAACGAAGACGUACUUCGGAUCUGAAUCACAGAGCGUUGAUUUUACAAAUACUGAAGCAGCUGCUGCCACUAUCAAUAAUUGGUGUGCAGAAAAAACAAAUAAUCGAAUAACUGAACUAUUCAAACCUAGUGAUGUUGAAGGUUUCUUAUUGGUGCUAGUUAACGCCGUUUACUUCAAAGGAAAAUGGGCAGAUCCAUUUAAUCCGGAACGGACUAGGUCUUCACCUUUCCAGAUUGAUGAAAAUACAACCAAGGAUGUGCAAAUGAUGUACAAAAUGGCAGAUUACAACUGGGGACAUCUCGAUACUCUAAAAGCGAAAUACAUUGAACUUCCAUACGAGAGCAAGGACGAUAGUGAGGCUAUAAGCAUGUUUAUCAUUCUCCCUGACAAACACAGUGGACUUCGUGAUGUUGAAAAUAAUAUUCACAACAUAAAUUUUGCCGAACUUGAAGGACCCAAGGACAAGGUUGCUUUACAUUUGCCUAAAUUUAAAAUCGAAAGCAAACUUGAUCUAAAACCAAUUCUAAGUAAUAUGGGCAUUACCGAGAUUUUUGAAGACACUGCUGAUCUUUCCGGUAUUAUGGAGGAUACGCAAUUAAAAGUGAGCAAAGUUAUUCAGAAAGCAUUUAUAGAAGUCAAUGAAGAGGGUACCGAAGCUGCUGCUGUUACAGGUAUGAAAAUUGUUGCACCAUCAAUGCCACCCGAAAUCGAAAUUAACAGACCAUUUAUUGCAAUAAUAGUAUCUAAAACUUCGGGAACGCAUCUUUUUAGUGCACGAAUUACCGAUCCAGCUUUGGCUUAACCUAAAAAUAGAAAUAACUUAAUAAUUGACUCGAUCAUAAAUUAAAAAUAAACCUUUUUGAGCAGUAGCUCAAAUUAUUGAGAUUGUUUUUCGAUUUUAGGAACGGGUUUCGUUUUUAAGUCUAUGCCACCACAAUUCG